AUGCAGUCACUUUCAGCCGAAACACCAUCGCAAAAGAAGAAAAAUAAAAAAGAGCCGAGGAAACGGCAGAAGCCCACAUAUCCACCAGUGGCAGAUUUGCCUUCUGUAGCGAAGCCGGUGCUGCAAACUUCUAUGUCUGCAGUAACAAACUCUUGGGCAGACGUGGCUAAAAGGCCAAAAGUACACCAGACGACAAAAAAGUCGCCGCUGUACUACGAACAGUCCACGAAGAUGAAAAGGAAACCAGCUCGGGGAAUUCUAAUGGAGAUCGGUGGAAGUGACUGUGGCCAGAAAACGGAUAAGCUGGCGACUAAACUGCGUGAGGUCCUCUCAGAGUCGAACGUCCGUGUCAAUCGUCCGGUAAAGACGGGCGACGUCCGGCUUAGAGACCUCGAUAACUCUGUGGGUCCUUCAGAACUAGCAGCGGCGAUCGUGGAGGCGAGUGUUAGUUCGGCUGACGAUGUCAAGGUUGGGGAGCUUCGUCGAUCUCCGAUCAGCAUGGGGACGUGCUGGCCUGAUUGGUCUGAGGAUGAUAGCGAGGAUUAUAUAAAAUAUGAGGAACCCCAUACUCAGCCAGGAGCUCUCGGAAUUCACGAGAAG